AUGGCUGGCAUAGCUUGCGUAUGGGCGAAUAUCCCAGAAGGACGCGAGGAGUGGUACGAGAACGAACACUUACCUUCAUUGAACCCGCACAAUGCAAAGCAUGCCCUACAUUGCGAAGUAACGGCCAGCGGUAUGGAGAACGAGCCGGUGGGAAGAUUGGACGCGCCAUGGCCUUACAUGACCGUUUGGGAGAUAAAGAGUGUGGACCAGGCCAACAAGGACAUGUACGACGCACAAUACCAUCCACCAAAUGCCGAUCUGCAGGCUUCGCUCAAAGGUCUACUGCUUGAUCUUCGGUCCUAUCGGGAAAUCAAGAGUUGGAAACAAGACGACUGGUCUGGUGACGGUGGUGGUAAGAUCACGGGUGCGGAUAAAGCCGGCGAUGACGGACUAAUGUCGCUAGACAUCGAAUACGUCGCAAGCGUGGCGGCAAUGGAAUGGAGCGUACCAGCUGAUAAGGAAGAGGAAGUCAUGAAAUACUACAGAGAAGUCGUCGGCCCCACAAUAUCUAGUUCACCAGACGUACUGCGGUUUCGCCUCUUCGAGAUCGACAACGCAACAACUAUGCAGGGCGGAAAGUUCGAGACCAAAGACAAGAAAGAUCUACACAAAUACUUUACUCUCGUCGAGCUAGAGUCUGAGCAGUGGCCAUGGGACGUGGUCGUCGAUCUCGCGGAGGACAGGGAAUGGAAGGACUACUUCGAGAGCCAGCAAGUAGUAAAAUGGCAACUUAGUCACUACUUGAUGAAGAGGGCAUACGGCGUACCGGAAAACAAGGCCUCCGCAUCAAGCUAA